GGGAGAGCUUCUCUUCGGCGGUGCCUGCCCAGGGGAGAUGCCGGCGUCGCUGCUCUGCUGAUAGAGAGGAGAACCAGCACGAGCAGCAGGAGCGGCGGUUGAGUUCUGUAUACUAUGGGAUGGGUGAGGAAGAGAACAAAUAUGUGUCCCAGCUCAAGGAUGUGUAUGACAGCUGUGAUACCACAGGUUCCGGGUAUUUAGACAAGGAGGAGCUGACAGAGCUAUGUCACAAGCUGCAUCUGGAAAGACAGCUACCCUUACUUCUGGAAACACUCCUGGGGAAUAAUCACUUUGCUAGGGUUAACUUUGAGGAGUUUAAAGAAGGCUUUGUGACCAUAUUGUCCUCAAGCAUCAAUCUUGGUCUUUCAGAUGAUGAGAGCAGCUAUUUGGAGCCAGUUGUUCCAGAUGAAGUCAAGCCGAAAUACAUCAGUGGGGCAAAGUGGUACGGUCGCCGAACUAGACCAGAACUCCAGGGCACUAAGUUGGAAACCUCCAAGUACUUACAGGAGCAGCAAGCGAAGGUAAAUGUGAAAAGUCAGUUGAGGCGCUCAGCAUCUUUGGAGAGUGUGGAGAGCCUAAAAUCAGAUGAAGAGCCUGAAAGCAUGAAAGAACAGCAGCAUGAGAUGUUUGAGGGUCAAGGUCGAAUGUGCACCUGGGAUGAUGACCUAUAUGACAGCCCCAGAAAAGUCUUGACCUCAUAUUUUGACAUGACUGAGAAUCAGGUUCGGGACAUCUGGGAAGACCUUGGUAUCGGGCAUAAUGGGUACCUGAACAAGCAAGAGCUGGCUACUGUUUGCAAGAACAUUGGGCUCAAGGAGCUGAAUAAAGAGGAUCUCGAAGAAUUAUUUAGUAAGUUGGAUAGUGAUGGAGAUGGCAGAGUAAGUUUGAAGGAGUUCCAGCUUGGCUUGUUCAGCCACAGCCCCAUUCCUUGUCCAGUUUCCUCAACACCACACAAACCAAAACAUCAAAAAUCACCAUCUCACCAGAUUUUCAAAGAGAGUGUCCAUCGGAGUGCAACGCCGUCUUUUAUCUCUGGUUCUGCAGCCUUGAAUCUUUUCUCCAGUAUUGAUGACGGCAGUGGCUUUGCCAGUCCCGAGCAGAUUGCUUCCAUCUGGGCCCAGGAAGGGGUUGAGAACUGCAAGGAGAUUCUUAAGGGUUUGGAUUUCAACAUGGAGGAGAGAGUGAACCUGUUGGAGCUGUCUAUGGUACUUGAUGAUGAGAUAAUGGCUUCCAAGAAUGGACUUCAACAGGCAGCUUUUGCAUCCUGUAAAAAUGAACUUCACCAUCUAGAAGCUCAGAUGGAGCAGAUUUCCAUUGAGAGAGACCGAGCAAGAGCCGAACUAGAGAAGGUGGAAAAGCGGAAUGUGCAGCUUUUUAAUGAGGUGGAUGACAAUCACACUGCUCUGGAGCACCAUAACGAGAGUAAACUCAAAAACCUUGAGCAAGAUUACAAAGGAAAACUCACUGUUAUGAAGUUUGAAGUAGAGAUGGAAAGGGAACUGCUCUUGCAACAAGUAAACCAUCAGAGAACCAAAUUAGAAGCAGAUAUUAAAUCUCUUAAAGAGGAAGAGUCGAGUCUCAGGGAGAAGCUGACUUUGGUGAUCAAGGAAAAUGGACGCUUGCAAACUGAGGUUGUUGAAGUGGCUCAAAAACUGUCUGCAUCUGAAAAACAAGUACUGAAGCUUCAGAAGGAUCUUGAUUUCAUGUUGAAAGAUAAGUUGGGGCUCCUGGAUCCACAGAGCAUAGAGUUCUUUGAUCAAGAGAAACGCUUUGCUGAAAUAAUUAAAGAGUAUGAAGUGCAAUGUCGGGAAUUGCGUGACAAGAAUGAUGAGCUUCAACUAGAAGUGGAAAAACUGCAUUCCCAGCUACGUGGAAGGAAGCCUAACCAAGCAUGGCAUAAUAUGGAGGCCAACCAUCGUGGAGGAAAGAUCCUAAGUAACAGUGUAAAAGCCAGAAUCCCAGACAACAUACAAAGGGAUGAUCAACUUCUUGGAUACCAACACUUACCAACCACAGGUCAAAAUGGUGUAAUUUUAAUUGAAACGGAUCCUUAUUCAGUAAGUAUAGAAAUGGAGCUUCUUGUGGAAGAAUUGAAAGAACAACAUCAAGAUCUGAAAAUACAGCUGGAAACUAAGGUCAAUUACUAUGAAAGGGAAAUAGAGCUAAUGAAAAGGAACUUCGAGAUAGAAAGGAAGGAUAUUGAACAAAGUUUCAAGAUUGAGAUCAGUGAAUUGGAGGAACAGAAGAGUGACCUGGAGGAACUGAAUGUGAAAUAUCAGGAGGUGAUCGACGGCUUGAAGGACCAGCUUCAGAAAGUAGGUUCUGUCCAAGAGUUAAAGAAGAGAUUUGAAAAGGAGAGGUCAGAAAUAGAGCAGAACUAUGCUAAAGAGAUUUCCAGUUUGGGACAUAGACUGGCCCAAGAAAGAGACAGAUUGGAAGAUGACAUGAAGAUGAAGCAUGAGACUGAGAUGCAUCUUAUGAGAAUUGAACUCCAUAGGUUUUCAGAAGACAAUAUUCUCCUAAAAAAUAAACUCGGAAGAUUGCAGCAAGAAGCUGAGGAUGCUGAUGAGGCAAACAAAAAGCACAGAAAACACAUUGAAGAAUUCAAAAUGGAGAAAGAGAAGGCUAUGUAUGAAAUAGAAGAAUUAAAGCAACUGAGUAAUCACUACAGAGAGGAAAUCUUCCAGUUGAACACCAGGAUUAAUCUGCUGAGCUUUGAACUCUCAGAACUAAGCAGCAAUCAUAAAGCCAAUCUGAAUACAAUCAGUGUCCUGAAUCAGAGGCUUGUUGUGCUGGAAACCCAAAAAGAACAUGAAGCUGUGGUUGCCAAGCAACUUCAGGAGGCCUCUGCUGAAUUGACAAAGGAGCAUCUUCAGCGGCAGUUGGCAUGGCAGGGAGAAAGGGCUCUGCUGGAGCAACAGUUAGAGGCCUCUAGGGAACAGAUCAGCCAGUCACAAGGGCUUGAGGCUGAACUUGAACAUUUGUCCCAGGAAUGUCGGAUGUUACAGCUGAUGAAAACACAAUUGGGAGAGGCGCUGGAAGAAUGCCAGGAUCAGCUCUUGGAAGCCAACACACAUUUAAGGUUGGUAGAAUCUCAUCAUGCAGAUGAGCUGCAACACUUAAGGAGCCAGAUGGACAAUUUGGUAUCUAAGGAUUGCCUUAGUGAGCUAGAAAACAAAUUGGUAGAAAAACAGGAAAUGAUCAAGCAAUUGCAAGAAAACCUCAACUUCCAGGAAGAGCAGCUGAAAUGGCAGCUGGCCACAUAUCAGGAAGAGAAUGAAAACUCACAUAGAUUAAUGCAAGAAAAGGCAGGGAAACUGGAGAUGAACUUGAAGAAUGCAGAAAUACUGCUUCAGGAAAAUAUGGCCCGCCUCAAGGAACAGUUUGAAAAAAAUGCCAAAUCUAACCUAUUGCUCAAAGACUUAUAUGUGGAAAAUGCACAACUGAUGAAAACUCUGCAAGUUGCAGAACAGAAGCAGAAAAAGGCAGAAAACAGAAACCUAAUCCUGGAAGAAAAAAUCUCAUCUCUCAACAAAUUAAUUAAAGAAAUCACUCUGGCAUCACAGUGAACACAUUUGCUUUUCAAUUAUGUCACUUUAAACUGGAAGGACAAUCGAUGGAAGAGACAAUACAACAUCUAGUGGCCAGUUCUGUUGUAUACACAUCAAAUCCUUGAGAAAUGAAUUUCUGUUCCCUUCUUACUGACAGAUCAUAGUAUGAAGGAUCCUCUACCUCCUUCAUGUGAAGAAAGUGUUACUGCUAGCACAUGGAGCCCCUGCAUGAGAACAUAUCACAACAAGCAGGAUAAAGUCUUCUCAGCAGAAAGCUUGAAUGUGGCAGUGCAGUCUACUAGUCAGUAUCAAUAAACACCCCCCAAAAAUUUUUCCAAUGGAAAAGUUAGUAUGUAGUGCUUUCUGGAUCAUUUUCCUAGAAGCAGCCUUCUGCUCUGGUUCUGUUUAAGGACUGGGUGAUAUUUAUUGUGAUUAGCAAUAUUCUUGUCUGUACACUGGCCUGAAUUGUGUAUAUAUGUACAGUUUUCUACAAGGUUAUCAUAAUUGGUUCUUUAGUCACCACCUGUAUAAUUUGGGCAGAUCUGCUGUAAAUGAAAAGAACUAGCUGUACUUUUUUGUUGCUUUGGAUAAAACUUGACAUGACACUUUUUA